UCCAUUGUCUUGCACCGAUCUCGUUACACGUUUCAAUUGUCCGAAACGUCUCCCAAAAACCACCGGGCCACGUGAUAAUCGUAUCCGAAAUUCAUCCGAAGCCUCUAUCCGCGACGUAUAAAUACUCGCACGUUACCGAUUAAUUGUCCAUUCGAAGUCGAUCGUUUAAUCGUUAUAAAUCGUCGCCGUCGCCGCCGCAGCCACAUCAUCAGAAUGUCGCAGUCUUGUUGGUUCAAUAAGUCUUUGAUCGUCUUAAAGUCGUCGUCCUCGUUGUCAUUGUCGUUACUGUUGUUGUUGGUGUUGUCGAUGAUGCUUCAGCAACAUCAGCUGUUGGCCACGACGGUGACGCGCUACAAUGCCGGCGGUAUAGCAGCCGCGCUACACGACGAGGGCGAGAAAUGCGCGAGGUCCGCCGACCUGUGGCCGUGUCUUACCAAAGGUGGUGCAAAGGUCGUGGCCGCCAUGGCAACGUAUCCAGGCGAGAUACCGCUGAUGGGCCAGUACUUGACCCUGGUGCCGGACGGCCGUGCGCGAUCCGUCGGUGACAUCCGUGACGAGGGGCGAGCGGCCGUGAACAAAAACGGCAAUUCGUCGUCGUCGUCGUCGUGGCCGUCCACGUCGGUAUACUCGAAAAUCGCGGAAUUUAUGGAGAAGAGGUCGCUGCGGAUGUCCGUGCCCAUGGACGCCGUCGCGUGGCUGAUCGGCGUGACAACGUCUGUGCCCGUCACCAGGGAAGAGGGGAGGAAGAAGGACAAGGGCGCGGGCGUGCUGAUGCUGGGUGGAAUGAUGAUGAUGACCACGCUCAUGUCCACCGCGUUUGGGGCUCUGGCACUGAUGGCCGCCAAGGGGCUGUUGACCAGCAUACUUGCGUUGAUGCUGUCGGCGAUGGCCGUGUCGAAAAAAUCUGGUGGCCACGGCCACGCCAGGACCACGUACGAAGUCAUAAAUAACCCUGGUCCACACCAGGCGUACCAACAUGUGUCCGAUUACAAAUUGGAAAAUGGCGCGGCCGUCGUGUCGGAUAUCAAUGCUGGUCAAUACAACGCAGCUCAAACCGAACCUAUUCAAUAUGGCAAUCAACAAUAUGAUUAAAAUUAACAAUAAUAUUAUAUUAUUAUACCUAAUGGUUCAAGAUACUACAUAGUAUAAUAUUUAUCAAUGGGUUAGGCAAA